CCAGCAGCCCGCAUCAUCUAGCUUCUAAAUACUCACUGCAUCAAUCAAGUCCUUCGAUAUUUCAUCAGUGAUCAAAUCGUAACCAUGCCCAGGUCUGGGAAAGACUUCAGCUACAAGGGCUCCGGCACUAACAGUCAGGGAAACCAUUGGUGCUCCCGUGACUACUCUGGCAGCUCUAACUCAAACACCUACCACUACUCAAACAGUAACGGAUCCUACUAUUAUUCCAACCCCGAUGGGAGCACUUAUUACAAUAACGGCAAUGGUGGCUCGACUUAUACUCCUCCUAGUGGGAAGAAUUAGGUGGGAUUUGGCGGAGUGCUGAGGGAUCCCUAACACCUGUGUGUUAGCUUGAAGGGAUUAUCCCAUGGCUGUCUCAGUUAUUGUGGGGAUACUUCGUGAUAGCAGCGAUAAGGUUGCAGAGUAUCUUUUGGAAGCGGAACCUUGACUGGCUUUGCCUUUCGGUGCAGUCUCUUUUGUUGUUUUCGUUUCUUAGUCUCUCCCCCCUCUCUCUCUAUCUCUUUAUUUUUUUCACUCGUAAGUUGAGGUGGCUUAUAGUGGAAUGCUGCUGGUUCGGAGACCUUGUGGCGGUAAUCCUAUAAACGACUGCUGGAUGUUGAUAUAACGAGCCGGGUCAGCGGUCGUUUGCUUGGUCAUUGUCAUGCUAUGCCGCUAUGAAGGUAAAAUAUAAUUCUGUCGAGUUCCGCCAUGUCAUUUAGUACAUCUGUUUAUUUUUAAACCCAU